CGCCGCCGUCAAAGCAUUUGGCCAGAGACCGCACCGCGGAACCCGCCACACUAAACUCUCACACGCGUUCGCACUGCUGUUCGGCACGCACUACAAGUGAACCGAAUCACCGGCACAUGGCCGGCCGACCCGUCAACGAGGACGACAACCGCUCGACCCUCAUAACCGGUUAAUAUUUUUUCGCCCGAAUUUGAUAUAUUUUUGUUUUUUUUUUUUUUUUAUUUAACAUUUCACCGAACGCGUAUAGCCGCAACUUAGAACAUGCGUUCGAUAAUACAUUUUUCUUUUAAAAUGAUCAUUUACUACGAAUGUUGAAAUGGAAAUUUGUUAUUCAAGUUGUUUUUUAUGACUUGUAUACUUACAUUUUAUUUUUAUAUAAAAUAUAUUUUUUAUACACCCGACAUAAAUAGAUUUCGUUACUAAUAUUAACAACACAGACAGCAUAAUUUAACAAACUAGUGCCGCCGACGUUGGUUCCAUCGGUAUGUCCACGGUUCUCCGGCAACCACCAUCUUCGUCGCCAUCGUCCGGAGGAACGCCUCAACCAUCACUUUUACCUCACUUACAUCACCACCACCAUCACUUUCAACACCAUCAUGGCCACCAUCUCCUCAAUCCGGCGUCUGUUGCGUCUGCCGCUGUCGACUUGCAAGUCGCUGUGCACAAUCCAGAUGUUCUGUUAUCACUACUAUCGAGAAAUAAAGCUUUAGAAGCUAGCAUUCCAAAGUGUGGUGGUUGUCAAGAAUUAAUUUUAGACAGAUUUAUUCUAAAAGUUUUAGAACGAACUUGGCACGCUCGUUGUUUGAAGUGCAACGAGUGCGGAGCAAAUUUAGCAGAUAAGUGUUUUGCAAGAAACGGAAUGUUGUUUUGCAAAGACGACUUUUUUAAGAGGUACGGGACAAAGUGCGCCGGGUGCGAUUUAGGAAUUCCGCCCACACAAAUAGUUCGGAGGGCGCAAGAUUUAGUGUAUCACCUUCAAUGUUUUGCCUGUGUAAUGUGUGGUAGAACCUUAAAUACUGGUGAUGAGUUCUAUUUAAUGGAAGACAGAAAAUUAGUGUGUAAGCCUGACUAUGAAGCAGCUAAAACAAAAGAGGGCGGAUGCCUGGAUGGUGACCAACCAAAUAAAAGACCCAGGACUACCAUUACGGCAAAGCAAUUGGAGACUCUUAAAAUGGCAUACAACAAUAGCCCAAAGCCAGCAAGGCAUGUAAGAGAACAAUUAAGUCAAGACACAGGAUUGGAUAUGAGGGUAGUUCAAGUCUGGUUUCAAAACAGACGAGCCAAGGAGAAAAGGCUAAAAAAAGAUGCCGGCAGAUCACGCUGGAGUCAAUAUUUUAGAACAAUGAAGGGUUCAAUAUCUCCUCGAAAUGACAAAGAAGACUUGAAAGUUGACCUUGAUUCAAACUUUAGUCAUUCUCAUGAUUUGGAGAGCAAUGAUAGUUACGGUACCAGUACUUUAACUAUCGACCAAGAACAUAGUUCGCCUUUACCUGGUAGUCAUCAUCACAAGUUUUUGCCAGGUAAUUCCUCACCCUCAUCGCACCAGUACAUGUCAUCACCCUCUCAACAUGUUACCACAUUUACUGCCGACAACGGUUUCAUCACCGUAGGUCCAACCCAUUCCGCCCCUUCAGAGCUAAGUGACAACAGUAGUACUCAUGGUUUUGGAGAUUUUCCACCGAGUCCAGAUUCAUGGCUGGGAGAAACACCACACAGAUACUAAAAAACUUAAUCAAUUUACGCCAUAACAAACUAUGAACUUAGUUAAAAACUUGAAAAAGUACAAACCAACAUUUUAUAAUCAUCUAAAUAUUUAAAUUAUAUAAAAAAAAAACACUUUUUUUUAUAUUGUUAUAUAACAUAUUGUACCUACUGUUAGUUAUCGUUUCAAAAAGAAACGAAUAUUUUACUGUACCAGAAUUGUAUAUUCUAUAACACAUUUAAACAUUAACAAAUGGUUAUUGUAUAUAACUUGUAAUAUUAUGUCGUGUGAAAAGUGUAUUAACCGUAUUAUUAUUGAUUUAUUAAACUGUCCAAUAUUA